AUGGAGGAAGCAACAUCUCGGCUAGCAGCUAUCGACUCAACUAAUGACUUGCUUUUAAAUAACGAUGACGCUGUGUUUACAGCUUCAGCUCAAGAACUCAGACCGUCCAAUAUCCAAAUUCAAAAUUCAGGUACCCAUUUCAUCGAUCAGCACGGCCGAGUUUUGACUUUACGGGGCAUUAAUGUCUCUGGCUCAUCGAAGCUUCCCAGCCACCCACUUUCUUCUAGAGCUACUCACCUGUACGAUCCUUCAACUUUUUGGGAUCAUCGCCAUGUCCGAUUCAACGAAAGGCCGUUUCCUUCACUUGAGGAAACUCACGAUCACUGGAAACGCUUGCAAUUAUGGGGUUUUAAUACAAUACGGCUGUUAGUCACCUGGGAGUCGAUUAAUCACGAAGGGCCUGGAAUUUAUGAUGAUGAGUAUAUCGACUAUUUGAGACAGAUUAUCGGAAUCAUGCCAGAGUAUGGUUUAAGAUGUAUUAUUGAUCCACAUCAAGAUACGUGGUCUAGGUAUUCCGGCGGUUCAGGGGCACCUGGAUGGACAUUUGAAGUGGCUGGCAUGAACAUUGAGAAUUUUAAAGAGACGGGUGCAGCUUAUGUGCAUAAUACAAAUGCUGUGCCUGGUGACCCAUUACCGAUGGUCUGGCCAACCAAUUACACAAAACUCGCAUCUUGCACCAUGUUUACUCUCUUCUUCGGUGGCGAUACAUUUGCCCCUCAUCGCAAAUAUGACAACGACAAAUCUAUUCAACAAUUCUUAAACGACCAUUUUAUUCAAGCUUACCAACAUCUCGCUACCCGACUGGUCGACCUGCCUGCUAUCUUGGGCUUUGAGUUCAUGAACGAACCUCAUCCUGGCUACAUUGGCCUAAAGAAGCUUGACUCUUUUGACCCGGUCACCAACCUCAUUUUCGGCGACUCACCAACGCCUUUACAAUGUUUUGCUCUAGGUGAUAGAAUAACGCAAACUGUAGAUGUGUAUAAGAAGUCAUGGCCUUUUCCUACACGCAAAUCUCACUCACGCAAGAUGAACACGCAACAAGUAUCUGCUUGGCUUGAUGCAGAGAAAGGGUGUAUUUGGAAAGAACAUGGUGUUUGGAAACUAAUAGAGGGUGGCCAGCCACAUCAGCAGCAGCCCGUAUUGCUCGACACACAGUAUUUCGCCAAGCAUCCUUUGACAGGUGAAAAAAUAUCAUUUUACAAUGAUUUUUAUUUACCUAUUGUCAAACGCUAUGUGAACAUGAUCAAAAGCGUGAAUAAAAAUUGGUACUGUAUGGUAGAGCCAUUAGCAAAUGAGAGACCUCCUGUGUACAAAGACGCAGAAAACGUUGUCUUUUCCCCUCAUUGGUAUGAUUUAAACAGUGUGUUCUAUAAGAAGUUCAAUGGAUUGGUAACGCAUGACGUACAAUGCUUGCAGAGGGGCGGUAACGUUUUUCAAGCCACUUACUUCGGCCUCAAAGGGGCUAAGAAAAAUUACCGAGGACAGAUCCGAAAUAUUAAAGCAGAUGGUAUACAAAAUAUGGGGCAGGUGCCUUGUAUAUUGGGAGAAACUGGAAUUCCAAUGGAUCUGAAUAAUGGAGCUGCUUUUACAGAAAAGCCUAAUUUUGUUCACCACGAACAAUUUAUGGAUGCUGUUUUAUACGCUAUGGAAACAAAUUUGAUGAACUACAUAUUGUGGAAUUAUGACUUAUGUAAUGAUCAUGAGCACGGAGACCAUUGGAACGGUGAAAACUUUUCAGUGUAUUCAACCUAUAAACUACCUAAGAAAACACCAGAAGACAAUGAUAAGUAUAAAUAUUACGGAGGAAGAGUCUUAAAGGCUAUACUGCGUCCUUAUGCUGUUAAAACAGCAGGUAUACCCAUAUCUAGCGAAUUCAACAUGGACAAGCUAUCCUAUACCUUCUCCUUCAAGCCAUUUACUAGUAGUAACAGUGAAUCGCAUUCAUUCAUUACUGAAUUCUUUGUACCUUAUUUCCACUUUGGUGGCCAAUCUUUGACUAUCAAGAUUAGUAGGGGCGAAUUUGAUUAUCAAGAAGAAAAUCAGACUCUGUAUCAUACAUAUGAACCUACUGCUUCAGAGAGCUCUAUCACAAUCUCUCUGGAAGUACGUCAAGAAAUUAAAAGAGGCUUAUCUUCCCGUACAAUCUGCACUUGA